GCCUUGCCCAGUCAGUCGGUUGCAGACUCGCAGUACGUUUACCCUAACCCUUCAAUGCUUAAAGUGCUCCUGGACCCUUGGUCGCCCGGGUAAGACAUCGGAAACACAUUGCCAGUGUGGCCGACGACGAUCAUCUCCGAGCCGCCCGCUUCUUACCACGGGGCAUCAACUUCGGGUCUACGCCCAGUUGCUACUGGACUCCGAGGGCAGAUUCGUUCCAAUCAGAUCAGGAACCGUUCUACCCGUGUAGAGUCCUGUCAAGAAACACGCAGUCCGGUCCCGGAUGUCGCCAUAGAACCAGUCGAGACUACCCGUCCACCGAUUCUCGACCGGCCAUUUGCAACGUCAUCAUCUUCUCGUCCAUCCGUCCCGGUGGAAAUCGCUACGAAGCAGCUAUUCUAGCAUAUUAUCAGGGCGCGACAAAUCAAGUCCGACAAUUCCAGCAUGGGCUCUACCAUCUCCACAGCAAAGACUCUCGUCGUCCCGGCAAUAAUAGCCCUCAUCGUCUUCCUCCUCGCCACGUACAUCAUCUACCCCCUAUGGCAGCGUACUCGUAAUAGCCGAUACGGCGCCUACCUUCCACUCGACACCAUCUCCAAUGGGACCCAGUCCUUCCGGGCCAGGGUACAGGAUCAAAUUGCACGGUGGCUCGUACCAUCCACCUGGCGGGAGAGGCUGCAAGACCGGCUGGUCAUAGCCGGAGGCCCGGGUUCCGACAACGGAUAUGACUCGGACGAGGGCGAGGAGCUAGACGAGGUACCCGAGGAUGAGGACGUCAGGAAUCGCCUGGAAAGAGAGGCCAGGAGAACCAGGAGCAGUGGCAGGCCGGAUUUAGAGCGGAGGUUGAGUCGGGACCUGGAGGAGGGAUUCAGGGAUGACAGCGACGAGGAAAUCGACCAUACCACGAGAUCGCGAUAGCCCAGACCGGGGCAUUCUACAUGAAGCGAUAAUUGAGCGAUACCCAACUAAUGUCCUUUACCUGCAUAUGAACGUAUUUUUGCGCCACAGUUUGACGGAGUAGGGUCCCGCGAUCAAUGCAUGGCCAUCACUGGUGCUAGCAGCCAUAUUACACUGUCCCACGAAUGGCCCGUACAGCCUAGCUUAACCUCAAGCCCAGGCCCUCAGGCUACUAUCCACGGGGCGGCAAAUGAUUGAGGCGAGGAAGCGGAAGCCCGACAUCCCGGUGGAAGCCUGAAGAUCCACGGCCGCGCAAUAGGCCUACAACAUUGUGACCUGUCCAAGGCGGUGCUGUGGAUGGCUGCACAUGUUUCAACUGAACAAAGAGGGUGGGCCUCACAUGUCUCUCCAGGGACGGCGGUGAGGCAACCAUGACCAUGGCUCCGUUGAGAAAAUGACCAUUUGAUAAGUGAGGCCGGGCUUCAGGUAUGGAACAUCAAAGGCCAGCAGCAAGUGGCCCCGGCACAUUGAGUGAUUGCAAUACAAAUGAGACCAACGGUUGGAUGCACCAACGCGUGCCUUCUUUUUGUUUCCCCCAAGACUAUGUUCCAACCGGAGAAAGAUUUGUAUGGUCGUUCUUCUGAUCAACAUGUACAAUACCCGGUAAAGUGGUUGGCACCGAAAUAAUGUAAGGUAAGGGGAGCAGGGGCUGGAUACAAACAUACAGGGUUUUGCCUGUAAUAAGGUUAAAUAGUGACUUUUAAGGGCUUUGAGAGGGGCC